AUGCCUGAUUUGACACCACUUGACAAUGAUGAAGAGGAUGCUUGGUCUUAUUCGUUCCCACCUUCAACCGAAUCCUUGCCAAUACUGCAACAAUCGCAAUCGAAAAGAUCUACCACACAGCCUUCAAAUUCAACUUUCCGGACAUGGCAAAAUGGUGAUACUAGUCUGACUAAUCUGCAAAUGAAACUACUGAUAGAUACAACAACCACAUCCAGUAAAUCAUCUCUACCGUUUCCAUCCACAAUACAGAAAUCUAUUCCUUUAGAUCCAUUGACUACGAAAGAAGAUGCCAAUUCAGUGAUCUCAAAAGAUUCCAAGGGCAAUGCCCUCAAUGAAGCUUCUCAAACUGAUGAUAAACCAAAAUUCAUGAAAGAUUUAGAAGAAUAUGGGUCUACAAGAAAUAUUUCAAACUCGCCAUUAUCACAACAAUCCACCAAUGGCACCAAUUUAUUGUCUUCACCUAAAUUCAUAUCGUACCGUAAAUCAAAGAGAACUGUUAGUGAAGGAACAUUUGAUUCGAUGUUAGAUAAGUCACCAAUGUCACCUCCAGCUUCUAGAUAUGACCCUAAAUUGUAUGUUGACGAAUUUUAUAAAACUUCAAAAUUUCGAUAUGCAACGAUUAAAAGAAACAUUGAUUUCCAUAAUAAUUUCCAUUCGUUAGACUUGACAGAUAGAUUAGUUGAUGAUUUUGCAUGUGCAUUGAGCAGAGAAAUUUUGUUACAGGGGAGAAUAUAUUUGAGUGAGAGUUAUAUAUGUUUUAAUUCUAAUUUAUUAGGUUGGGUCACGAAUCUAGUUAUUCAGUUAGAAGAAGUGGUUAAGAUUGAGAAAAGAUCAACUGCAGGAUUGUUCCCCAAUGCAAUUAGUAUUGAAACUGUUGAUGGCACCCUUCAUACAUUUGCAAGUUUCCUUUCGCGAGAUCAAACCUAUGAACUAAUGCUGACUUUAUGGAAAGGCAAAACUGGGAAAUCAAACAAUGAUCUGACACUUACCAGUGAAGAUGAAUUAGAAAAUAACGCUAUUGAUUCUCCCAAUAAAAAUAUUGAAUCAUAUAUAUUAUCACUUGAUGGAGACGAUGAAGAGGAUAAUGAUGUGCAAUCAUUAGAUAACAGCGGUGAGGACGAAGAAGAAGAAGAAAGUGAACUUGACAUUGAAGAAGUGCUAAGUACCAAAUUAAUCAAACUCAAAUCAGAAUCACCCUAUACUAACAACGGUCCAGAUGCACAUGCUCCAACUACGGCAAAUUAUGAAAAGUUAGAAGCAGAGAUAGAAUUAGUUGAUGAAGUUAUUGAUGCCCCCAUGGGUAUUGUAUUUGCCAUAUUGUUUGGGCCAUAUACCAAGUUCCAAACCAAUUUCCUUGAAACCCAUGAUGGGUCAGAAAUAUCAGAGAUUAGUGAUUUCCGUCCAUCAGAAGAAGACCCGGCUGUUCUUGAACGUAAAUAUAUUUAUCGUCGUGCAUUGGGAUAUUCAAUCGGUCCAAAAUCGACUAAAUGUGAAGUCACUGAAACCAUUGAACAUUUGAAUUUUGCCGAUUAUAUAGUUGUGGUUUCAACAACAGUGACACCAGAUGUACCUCUGGGUGGUGUAUUUAGUGUUAAAACAAGAUAUGUUUUUUCAUGGGCCAACGAGAAUCACACGAACUUGCUAAUUUAUCAUCAUGUGGAAUGGACAGGAAGAUCGUGGAUGAAAUCAGUUAUUGAAAAACUGUCUUUAUCAGGACUGACUGCUACGACAAAAGAGUUGAUCAAAGAAUUGAAAGAGGAGAUUGUUAAACAAACGUAUUUCAUAGAUGGACCACCAGCCAUCAAACAACCUGCCAAAAAGAAGGUUAAAAAAGUGGAACCAGAAGUUAAAAAUGAACCUAAAGCUGAAAUCAAAGCAUCAACAGUUGAUGUGUCAUCUUAUUUACAACAAAAUAUCACGACAGCUUUUUUCAUUCUAUUUACAAUUGUGACGAUUAUUUUGUUUAUGCAAAUCAGAUUGUAUGGUCUUUUACGAAAAUCAAAUUCAAUAGCUGAAACUCAACUUUUAUUGACACUUCAAUUAACGGAUCUACAACAAAAACCUCAAGUUGAAGUUCAAGAUAAUGUAUUUUGGAAUUUAAUCCAUUCUAAAUUAGGUAGAAAAUUAACUUCAUUAGAAAAAUUGCAAUUUUUAACGUAUCAAUUGCAAGCUAUACACAAGGAAAAAACUGAUGACAGUGGUGGUGCUGGUAAUACUAAUAGGUUAAUUGAUAGUAUUCCAAAAUAUAUACGUGAUUUAAUAUAG